GAAGUUGAAGGACCACGUCCAUCAUCCACGACGGAAAGCCAACCUGUUCCUCCAGUGAGUGCCGUCAUGGCCACAAAGAGCCACGGGUCCAGGUCAGUGUCAGCGCCCUCCAGGUGGGGCAGUACAGUACCACAUGUGAGGGGACAUCAAUGCCUGAGAGACCUGAAGUUGAGAAUGGAGAAAGGUGAAGCGUUGGAGAGCCCCUGGCCACUGCACUGAGCACCAUGGAGCACCUUUUCAGGAGAAAGCGGCUCGGUCUACUGAAGCCCCUGCUGAGCCUCUCUCUGUUCUUCGCCUCGCUCCUCAUGAUCCACAAGCUUAGACUCCCCGAGAAAGACGCCAUGGGGACGUAUAUGAGACACGCCGGGUGGUGUGGAGACUGUUUUUCAUUCAAGAAGACUGCAGUCAAGCACUCUUUGUUGAACCACCAAAGCGCACCGGAGGCGCAACAAGUCUCCAACCAGAGCGGUCGCUUAUGGGACCCGCAGGUGCUCAACUGCAGCGAGGAUGUCACGGUGAGGACCAAGGAUUGGUUCCGGAGGUUGGACCCGAGAUUUCACCAGUUCGUCUUGCACCGGCACUGCAGGUACUUCCCGAUGCUCAUCAACCACCCGGAGAAGUGCACAGACGGAGGGGUGCACCUCCUCAUGGUGGUCAAGUCCGUUAUCGAGCAGCACGACCGGCGGGAGGCGGUGCGUAAAACCUGGGGCAAGGAACACACGGUGGACGGUAAGCGCAUAAAGACCCUCUUUCUUUUGGGGAGCCCUGCUGCGGGCAAAGACGCCAAAAACCUACAGAAACUGAUCGAGUAUGAGGACCACAUUUACAGGGACAUCCUGCAGUGGGAUUUCAUGGACACAUUCUUCAACUUGACCCUGAAGGAGGUCAACUUUCUCAAAUGGUUCAACAUCUACUGUCCAGGAGUCCAGUUUAUAUUCAAAGGAGACGACGAUGUGUUUGUGAACACCAACAACCUGCUGGACCUCAUCGGCUUUAAAGUGGAGGAGCACAAGGAGACCACUUUGUUUGUGGGGGACACCAUCUCCAAGGCCAUCCCCAUCAGGAACAGACAGAGCAAAUACUACAUCCCCAGGGAGCUCUAUGAUAAGCCAUACCCACCUUAUGUAGGGGGAGGGGGGUUCCUCAUGUCCUCCCAUCUGGCCAGGAGGCUCUUUGUGGUCUCCGAGAACCUGGAGCUGUACCCCAUUGAUGACGUGUUUUUGGGCAUGUGUCUGCAGAGGCUCCACCUGAGCCCGGAAAUGCACUUGGGCUUCAGGACCUUCGGCAUCACCAGGCGCAGGGUGAGCCCCAUGAACACCGAGCCGUGCUUUUACAAGAACCUUGUUGUGGUGCACAAACUUAAUGCACAGGAGCUUGUCAAGAUGUGGAGGCUGGUGCACGAGGAAGAGCUGGUUUGUGCUCAGAGGACUUCGGUAUGACUGUCAGUGGAAGAAACCAAAAAUAAGCGAAGAGGACUUGAGUUAUGAUUAAAUAUACAGCCACUUUUACAUUUAAGUUAUCCACUUUGGAGAUAAAAUAUGAGUAAUCCUCAAUGCCUUUUGGAAAACCACUACCAUAUAGGUCUUCAGUGUUUAAAUCUCAGUGCCUUUUCAAAUGUGAGCCUCAGUGUGCAAGCGUGACAGCCAAAGUAUUAGUAAUAUGGUGCAACAUUUUGACCAAUUGUGUAUUUUCAGCAAGAACAGAGAAAACAUUCUAAACCAAAAUGUAUCAGAUUUUGUUGAGUUUUUGUAUGAUAGUGUAAAUAAAACCUGAAGUCUUCUAGUUAUCUAAAAAAAAAAAAAAGGGACUUGUGUUCGAUUUUGAACAUUGAAAAGAUGGAUGGGAAAAACAUCACCGCCUCACAACAACCUUUGUUACAGUAUGUUAAGCCACGGCAUACCAUACACAGUUGUUGCUGUUAUUCAAAACUUAACUUGACUGAUACUGUAGGGAUUUUAUAUACACACUUAACAUUAAGACAAUACCACCAUUUUGAAACUAUGGACAAGAGGCUGACUAGCAAAAUAUUGCGUUUAAUUAAAGCUUAAAGAGGGAUUUGUCACAGUUGUCUACUCUCCCCGCAGGAUACACCGCUCAGCAUAUAUCAACAGUUGUCUAAGGAUCAUCUUUGUAAAAAAGUGAUUUUAAUUUAAGAAUAAAGAAACGCUUGUUGGGAAUAACAUCAACACCACACAACAGCCUUUGUUGUGCCACGCCUCGGCAUACCCAGCCGUUACUUUUAUUUAAGGAAAUGCAGUUACUUUUGCUGGGAGAAAAUAGUCUUUGUUGAAAAUGGUCCAAUACUGACGCAUGUUAAAGCCAGCCUUUUUUUUAAUAGAAUAAAAGACCACA